AUGUUUGGGUUUUCACCGCAGCUCUUGGGAUUACUUUUAUCACUGUCAGUAUGUAGUGAUGCCAACCAAGCCUGUCCCACCGGUUUUUCCCGACAUAGCUCAUCCUGUUACUAUAUAAAUACAACGUUGCUAAGUCGUGCCGAUGCCCAGACGACGUGCGAGAGCUUCAAAUCAAAUCUGGUGACAAUUACGUCACCCCAAGAAGACGCCUUCGUCCAAUCCCUCGCGGUCGGUGAGGGCGUGGCGGUGGAUUACUGGAUCGGGAUCAAAGGCAGGGACGUCGAUUUUAAGUGGAUGGACGGUUCACCUGUGGCGUUUGAUUAUUUUGACUGGGAUGAUCCAUUUGGACCAUUUAACGAGGGCACGGACUGUAUUCGUUUGCGAGAUUUCACGGCUCUCUGGAACGACAUCUUCUGCGAUCAUCAUCAUCGAUCAAUAUGCGAAGGAUCUGUUGGAGAUCUGUUCUGCAACGGAGUGAGUGAUGUUUUCGGGUCAUCCUGCUACACGAAGAUCUUGACAACGAUGACUCGAGAUGCAGCGAGGGUCAAUUGCGAGAGCGAUGGCGGUCAUCUUGUCUACAUUGAAACAGAAGAGGAACACAAUUAUCUACUCACAAAUGGGAUCUCUGGAGAUGAAGGAAAGUAUUGGAUUGGCCUUACUAAACGUGUCUCGGGGAACAACGAUGACCUAUUGAUGUGGAUGAGCGGCGAACCUUUGAGAUAUACCAAUUUCGGUUAUAUUGGCGGAGGAACCGAAUGCUUUCAGCUUGCCGGUACAGACGAAUACUCGGUAUGGCGUACUGAGGGAUGUGCUUCAUGGACGACCAAUGGUUUUAUAUGCGAGUUUAAGAGAGAACGAUCCAUUCAGUUGGUUGCGAAACAAGGAGAGUGGGUACCUGCCCUUAAGGAUAUCAUCGAUGACGUCAUACGAAGCUCAGUCGUGAGAUGCGCGUCAUCAUGCUUGUCAAACCUCAAUUGUGAAUCCUUCGCCUACACCAGGCUAAAUGGGACAUGUCUUCUUUCUAGCAACUCAGCCGGGACGCUUACCCAACGAGAAGGGUUUUUGUUUUAUAGCAUGACCAGAGAUUAGGACUGUUGUGUGUAGGCUGUACAUUUUUUUUUUCUGUCAUGUCUGUAGGCGCUAUAGCCCGACAGAUAGGCUACAGAUAUUUCAUUGAGAAUUUAGUUUUGGGCAGUCGGUG